GGCGGCGGCCUCGGCGCGUCCGCGUCCACUUCGCUAUUCUCACCAGGGCGAGAACAAUGGAGCAACCCCAAUUCCCCCUCACCGACGACCGCCCAACAUGUCGACACAACGGCAUACACGUGUCGUGCCAUGGCUUUGACUCUUGGGAGGUCGGCGCGCGGAGGAGAUGCGCCAGCGGCGCCCCGCCUGCCGUGCAGCUCAAAGCCUGCUAAAUGGAGAUAGGACGUGAUGGCAGCAAGUUCCACUUUCCCCUCCUCUGUCUACCGUCUUUCGCGCGCCACGUCAGCAGCUGCACGUGUCCCUCAACUGCCCGCGCACUCUCCCAGCCUUACUGACGCUGUUAUCCGAGCGAUGCGGACAGAAAGACGAUAUACAUCGACUUGCAACUUGCGCGCCACCCAGCGGGAGCGACGCAUAAACUUCCAGGCGUCCCUUCCGGAGGCCACGUGUACGGCAUCUCAAUCCCGGGCGGGCAAGUCUCGACGCAUUUUGAGCCCGCUCUGGCUGACAUUCGCGCAGGGAUACGGCGGAAGACUGAAUGCGCGCCCUCGGCGCUCAUCCCCCAAUCUUCCGACUUUCCGCUGGGCGGGUCUCGGUCGCGGACCGCCAAGUCUGAUCCGGAAAUAUGCGACGCCGGUCUGGAAGAUUGAACGGCGACUGGGCGCGGCGUUGGGCCGUCCGCGAAGUAUAAAGGGUUGGGCAUCUGACCGCUUCAACCAGCAUUCCCCUCCUUUCCUCAUUUUCUCUCACCCUUCCUUACCUCCUCUACCUCUUCAUUCGUAUCCUGUACCAUCUCAUUCAGUGUCUUACUAUCUGCUCGUCACAAUUCAGUAUUGCUUCACUACUUCGACUUCCUCUUUCUUCCUCCGCGCACCAUCAAUCGACACCAAACGCACUCUAGAACCCUCGUCGCUGUCUGAUCCUCGCUUGUCGGGUAACGACGGGCGAAUUGUCCGACACCGCGCCACCCUGACCGACUUUGCUCUAGACCAUCACGGCGACCACCACGACUCGCGCCCCCGCCUUUUUCAUCUCACCACUAUCCAUGUCGACGCCGCAGUCCCCCUGCUCACCUCCAUGAUCGCUCAGUAGGCUCGGUAGUCGCUGAAGAGCACACUCUGCAACGACGGUAGGCACUUGCCUAGUCGCCCGCCUCGUCCUCGACGCGGUCUCCUGUAGUGA